AUGUCUGAAGAUAUUGAGCAGCAAGUAUUACAUAAGUUACGCGAUUCUCGUAUGUUUGCGCUGCAAGUAGACGAAUCUACAGAUAUAAGUGGAAAAGCACAGCUUUUAGUUUUUGUACGCAUGGUAGUUGAUGACGAUAUUAUUGAAAACUUUUUUUGUUGUAAAACAUUGCCCGAAAGAACGAGAGGUGAAGAUGUUUUUAAAGUUUUGGACGAUCAUUUAUUAUCAGUAAAUUUAUCGUGGGACAAUUGUAUUGGAAUAUGCACUGAUGGUGCACCUUCAAUGACUGGCUCAAUUAAAGGUUUCAUUUCUUUAGUCAAAAAAAAAAAUUCAAAUAUUAUUUUUACCCAUUGCUUCCUUCAUAGAGAGGCCUUAGUGGCAAAAUCCUUAGUAAGUGAUUUACAAAAUAUUCUUGAUCAAGUUGUAAAAGUUAUAAAUUUUAUUAAGAGCCGACCUCUUAAAUCAAGACUAUUCGAAAAAAUUUGUGAAGAGAUGGAUGCAGACUAUUCAAGAUUGAUUUUAUACAGUGCAGUAAGAUGGCUUUCAAGGGGCAAUAUUUUAUCACGAUUUUACAAUUUGAGAGAGGAGUUACUUGUAUUUUUAACUAUGGAAGAAACUGAAUUCAACUUUCUUGGGGAUGAAGAGUGGUGGACAAAGUUAUCUUUCUUAACUGAUUUGUUUGAGCAUCUCAAUAAACUAAAUUCAAGUAUGCAAGGUCGUGAUGAAAAUAUACUAUCAUCGUCGGACAAAAUUAUGGCUUUCAUCGGAAAAUUGAAUUUAUGGAAAACUAAAAUUAAUCAAGGUAAUUUAAUCAUGUUUCCACGUACUGCUUUACUAGUUGCGGAUGACAACAUUUUUUCAUUAAUAGUCGAGUCCAUCACAUUUGACUUGGUUGAUUUAAAACUUGUUGAAGAAGAAAAUCUCUGUUCAAUCAAAAAUGAUCGAACAUUGCAGUUGAAAUUCAAAGAGAUCACUCUCAAUAAAUUCUGGAUAUAUGUUUCUAAAGAAUAUCCAGAGAUAUCUAUAAAAGCACUGACUAUUCUUUUGCCGUUCUCAACCUCAUAUCUUUGUGAACAAGGGUUUUCAGCGCUUGCGAAUAUAAAAAAUAAAAAACGAGAAAAACUAAAUUCAGUGGAAGAAGAAAUGAGGGUAUGUCUGUCAACUAUUCGUCCAAGAAUUAAAAAUAUUUGUAACGCCCAUCAGGCACACAUUUCUCAUUAA